AUGUAAUCAUUAUCUGUGAGAAAUACUAAAUAACAAAUCUAAUAUAGAGAUUGGUAAUUGUUUAUAAUAGAUCUACAGGAGUUAUACUUGUCAUCAGAGAAGACUAAGUGAAAUAAACAACAGAAAAAAUAGCAAUGAUAAAAAUUACCUAAAUAUUAUUGAAUUUAGUAGAAAAAAUAAAUUUUUUAAUUCAAGAAGGAAAGAAAUAAAAAAAUAAGAGGAAAUAUUAUCAUAGAAUCAAAAAUUAUUUAAUAAAAUUGUGAAUAUAAAAUCUAGUUUUUAUCGUUCGGUUAUUUUUAUAUAUAAUUUCAUAGUCAUCUCGACAGUCAAUUAAUAGCAAUUGUUCAAAAUUAUCGGCGAGAUCGAUUGAAUAAAAAGAAAAGAAUAUAUAACGUAUGAAGGAUAAUUCAAUUCAAAGAUAAAAAAUAUCUUAAAUGUGUAUAAGCUGAUAUAAUAUUUCAGUAAGUCAACUUUCAAAUCUAUUCCAACAGAGAUUAUAAGCAGAGAGUCUGUUCAUAGACCUAUAUACUAGAUAGAAGACAUUUACAAAUAAUAG